ACAACUGUUUUUAUGUUGGGAGAGAGUUGUUCAUGAAUCCCUUGUCCUGAGCAGUUAAACUGCCCACUGUUCUUCAGAAAAACACUCCAGUACAUUCUUUGCUUUUCCGGCAUCUUCUGCAUAUUUGACCCCUUUCCAAUAGCGGCUAUAUGGUGUUGAGACCCAUCUUUUCACACUGAGGACAACUGAGGGAAUCGUACACAACUAUUACAAAAGGAGCAAACAUUCACUGAUGCUCAAGAAGGCAACACGAUACAUUAAAAGCCAGGGGGGUGUAAACUUUUGAACAGGAUGAUUGGUGUAAAUUGUGAUUAUUUUGUUUAAUGAUUUUUUCCCCAUUUAGUACUGCCCUUCAGAAGCUACACAAGAUAUUAACCAUACAUAUUUCCCAGCAGACAAAACAGCAAUUUACACUGAACAUCUUGUUCAAAGGUUUAUGCCUCCUGUGUUGCCUUCUUGAGCAUCAGUGAAUGUUUACACCGUUUGUAAUAGUCCUGUACGAGUCCCACAAAUUGGCCUACAUUUGAAAAGAUACUCAAAAUCAUAUAGCCAGUGCUGGAAAGGAGAAAAUAUACAGAAGAUUCUGGAAAAGCAAAGAAUGUGGAGGACCUGGAGGAUUUUUAACUGCUCAAGAAACACAAGGGACUCAUGAACAACUCUCUCACAACAUAAAAACAGUUGAUCAUCCACGUAACACCACACGGUAUUAAGAAUCAAGCGCGUGUGCAAUUUUUGGAUCCCUCUUUAUUAUUAUUUUGCAGAUUCUGCAAGGUAUAUUUAAACUUAUGUCCCCAAAUUGUACACAACAAUAAUAUUAUAAGAGUAAAGGUUUCUACUUAAUGAAGGUUAGUGGGAGUGUGUGUACACAACUAGUCAUAUCGUGUUUAAUGCAAAUCACAUUCAUACAGUUGAUAACGGCUCUAGCGAUAUGAUAUACGAGUUGCAUGAAGUGUAAACAGCUGCAGGUAUGUGCCAUGACUUACAUAUAAUGGCAGAUACCAGGACUUUUGAGGAUGUGAGGAAUACAGUUCUUUCAGCCCAUAAAAAUACAGGGUCCGAGGAGAAGGUUACGUUCUAUAACACUUGGGCUGAAAGCUAUGAACAGGAUACUGCAAUAUUGGACUACCGUGCUCCUUUUUUAGCUGCAGAAUGCAUUGCUUCACACUUCACCAGUGAGAAAGAGAGAGCUAUUAUUCUGGAUGUGGCAUGUGGGACAGGGCUGGUCUCCAGACAUCUGAAGAAAAUGGGGUUUCGUCACUUUGUGGGAGUGGAUGGAAGCGAGAAAAUGUUGAAUCUGGCCACAAAAACAGGCCUUUAUCAGGAGCUUAAGCAGUGCAUGCUGUGUCAGGAUCCCUUGCCUGUUCAAGAUGAGUCAUAUGAUGUUGUAGUCAUUGUGGGAGCUCUGAGUAUUGGGCAGGUACCAGUGACAAUCAUCAAGGAGCUCUGGCAAGCCACCAAGCCAGGUGGCUAUGUGUGCAUGACUACAAGAGGGAAUGCUGAUAAUCUCGAGUACAAAGCAGAGCUGGAAGGUGUGAUUCGAGCAAUGAAGGAAGAAAAGAAAUGGAGUCGUGUAGCUGUCACUGUAGUGGACAAGUGGGAGAAAGCGGUGUCUGAACAUGAGUUUGGGUACAUACCUGGAGUCGUUUAUCUCUAUCAGAAAGCUCAUUAAAUACGGACGUGGUUGUGCUAGAAUAGCUGGGAGCUGGGAAACAUAUUAUACAUAAAGAUAUACAAUACAUAUGCAUGGCCUUUAAAUAGUAGCAGUAGCCUAAUAGUGAUUUUAUGUGUAAUAUUUCAGCAAGUGAAUAGGACAAAAACAAUGGCCAAUGAAAACAGUUAAAGAGAGAUCGUAUUUAUGAUUAAAAUCUCAAUAUAAAAAAUACUAUUGUUACAGUGAUUCUAAAAUUAGCACUCAUAUUUAGAUACAAAGCUGAACAAUUUUUUUUGUUGUUGUCUCCACAGUAUAGUCUUGCUGUUAAAUAAUGCGUUUAUCCACAGUUACUAAUCACUGAAUUGGGACUCAAAAUAAUGAUUGAUUAAUAUCAUUAAAACCAAAAUCAUAUUAUGGAAAUAAAUAAUAAACUGUAUUAUACCAUAA